AGGCUAUUGUAGUUUACCCUUUGUAAUUUUAGGUGAAUUGAAAAUUAUUUAAAUUUCAUACUUGUCAAUUUGUGACUUUCUUAAAUAGAAAGCUCAUAUUCUUCGGUCAUUGAUAAACAAUUUGUUGGACAACGAAGUAUUUUGUUCUCAAUCACCAGCUUACAUUUCUUUCAUAAUCCUUUUCUUUGAUUCUUUGUUUCAGAGAAAAGAAGACCGAUUGAAGGGAAUGGAAGAGAAAAAAGGUGUAUUUGCAAUUGCAUGGGCGAUGGAAGCCCUCCUUCACAUUUGCAGGGAUGGGUGUAGAACAAUAGCGCCUUGUGACAAGGUUCUGAAGGGAAGCCAAGUUGCUUGUGGUUUUCCAGCUUGCAAAGGGCUUGAGACUUUAGUCCAUCACUUCUCCAGUUGUAAGACCCGAGUUCCUAGUGGAUGUGUUCACUGCAAGUGCAUGUGGCAGCUGCUUGAAUGGAAUUCUUGCUUGUGCAAUGACCCUGAUUCUUGCAAGGUCCUCUUUGCAGGCAUUUCAAGGAAAAAAUGCAGUAGCAAGCAAAGAAUGAUGAGGCUAAGUGGAGACUGUUGGUCAGUAAAGUGAUAUCUACAAAAAUUCACUAGGGCCAUUCUUAGGUCGGCGCUCUGCUUUUUUAUGACCUUUUAUAUGAAAUGCACCUUGUAUAUUCUAAAUAAUGUGAGGCUAUUAAUAAAGCAUCUCAGAUUUGUUGGGGUAGAAUGAAUUAAUGGGAGGUGCAUGCUCCUAGUCCUUGUAAAAAAUAAUGAAAAUUGUGGAAAAAAUUAAUUAGAUUAUGUGUCCUUGUGGACAAAGAGAGUUUGUUUGCAAACAAACUUAUAAAAUGCUUGUAAUGGCAGCAUAAGUGUCUAAUUUUGUUAUAGCGUGA